CCGAAUCCACUAAUGAAUAUUUUUCAAAUUUGUUUGUAGGUUAUAAAUCCUGAAAGCAAAAGUAAAAAUGAGUUCUUACAACAAUAACUUUGACAGCCUACUCCUCCAAACCUUGAUGGGCAGAUUACAAGUCCAAACCCCUUACCUCCACAAAAACUCCUCUCUCUCCCAAAGCUUGGAAGAUAUCCUACUUGAUUCCAGUGCAAUCCAUGAAGAUGACAACAUGGAAAGAACUCCUCUCGCUAAAGAAGAGUCAAAGCUUGAGAAGGAGAUCAUUCGUAUUAUACUCAGUGGCAACACUGAAACUUUCAGACCAAAUUCUGGGCAGGCAGUCACAAUCGGCAAGCACCACGUCUGCAUUGGUUUUCAUGAAGAGAAGGGCUCUCAUUAUCGCAUUUGGGAGUGGCAUGGUCAUAUAAUGCUGUUUGAUGAGGAGAACGGAUACUCACCAGAAUAUAUCUAUGGAAAUUACUACGAAAGAGUGGCCAGGAAACCAACUGAAGAUGCAGAGAAGGAUGAGGAGGAAGAGGAGGAGAAGGAGAAGCAGUUGAGAGGAGGAAACUUGGGGCUGCGGGAGUUGAUUGGUGGUGGUGACAUAGUCAGUGGUCGAAUUCUCCAUAGGAACAUGAAUUCUGGUUCGGGGAGGUAA